AUGCCUCCAUCCAACAGAAUCACAAGGGCCGCGGCGAGACAAGCAGCCAGCUCUUCAGAGACGUCUACUUCUGCUGCAGCUUCCUCUAUCUCUGCGCCUACAUCUGCGCCUGCACCUGCCACCUCGAAUCGACCUCCGGUAGGAUCAAGGAAGCGUAAAGCACCUGCGCGAGACUCCAGUCCAGCUCCUGAGCCCGAGCCAACGAAGGCCUCAUCUUCGAGACGUCCGAAGCGGCAGAAGGUAGCAGAACCGGAGGUUCCGCCUGCAGGACCAUCUGUCCCGGCAGCAUUACCCCCAACCAGAAGAAGAAAAGGAAAGACUCCCGCGGUUAUGUCGAGUCCUGGUGAUUCUGCUGGUCCUUCCAACGAACCUCCAAGUACAACUGCUUCGUCGAAACGCAAGUCGUCAAGAAACAAGAAGGGUGGCCAAGACCCCUCCGUCUUCACUCCUAGCUCAAGUCGUCGCGCAAAGAAAGCAACCACUGGAAAUAAAGACGGGGACAAUACGAUAGACAACAGCUUAGACGACAAGCCCCCACCUGUCGACGACGACGACGAUGGUAGCGAUGAUGCCGCAGAAGACAGGAUAGCUCGCAACUACGAGGGCAGAGACGAUGACGACGAUCAAGACCCCUUUGGAGGCUUUGGUGGACCUGGGGGACCUCCUCAAGGUUUGUCGGGUACAUUGCGAGCCUUGAGUGGUAUGCUACAAGGGACUUCUUCGAGAUUGCGCGAGAUCCUGGUCAACCUGAAGCAGAAGGACGACCCUUCAGUGCAAUUGAUCGCCCUGCAAGAACUAUGUGAGAUCUUGCUUGUAUCCACUGAAGAUAACUUGUCUGGUCAUUUCUCGCCGGAUGCCUUUGUAAAGGAGCUGGUCGCGUUGAUGCAGCCAUCAGACUUUGGGGAGGAGAAUCCCGAGAUGAUGCUACUUGCCUGUCGAUGCCUUGCCAAUCUCAUGGAGGCACUACCUGCAAGCACCGCCAAUGUCGUCUACGGUGGUGCUGUUCCUAUACUUUGCCAAAAGCUACUCGAGAUCCAUUUCAUCGAUUUGGCCGAGCAAGCACUUAGUACCUUGGAGAAGAUAUCUGUUGAAUAUCCAGCAUCUAUCGUUCGCGAAGGUGGUCUCACUGCUUGCCUAACAUAUCUCGACUUCUUCGCUACUAGCACGCAAAGAACUGCUGUCACUACUGCUGCUAACUGCUGCCGAAACAUUCCCGAAGACUCUUUCCCAGUUGUUAGAGACGUCAUGGGUAUUCUUUUGAAUGUUCUCAGCUCCAGCGACCAAAAAGUUGUUGAGCAGGGUUCUCUUUGUGUCUCCCGCAUUGUGGAAAGCUUCCGAUAUCACCCUUCUAAACUUGAAGAACUUGUCAGUACAGACCUCUUACGAGCCAUCCUUCGUUUGUUACUGCCUGGUACCACGAAUCUCAUUGGGCCAAAUAUCCACACCCAGUUCCUACGGGUUCUAGCAUUCACGGCCAAGGCUAGUGCAAACCUAUCCGCGGAGCUUUUCCGAAUGAAUGUCGUCGAAACCCUCUAUCAGAUCCUAACUGGUGUUUCGCCACCUGGACCCCACGAGGACAUCGCAUCGAAAUUGGACAGUGUUGUUAUCAUGCAAGCAUUGAUUCAUAGACCUCGCGAGCAAGUCAUCGAAACCCUGAACGUUAUCUGUGAACUCCUCCCUGGUUUGCCCAGAGAAUCCGAGGUCACCUUUGAUGAGAUUAUAGACCACAAUCCUGCAUCUGCCCCACAGACAGCUCCCCCAUCGAGCGCUCGAAAGAAGUCAUCAAAUGAAAAGCGACUUGAGCUUCUUGAAGGAUGCAAGGACGAAGUGAAGCGAUUCACAAUUAUCCUCUUUCCAACACUCACCGAUGCAUUCUCAAGUACUGUCAAUCUGAGCGUUCGCCAAAAGGUCUUGACAGCCCAGCUUAAGAUGCUCUCAAACCUCGACAAAGACAUUCUGAUGGAAGCAUUGCGUUCUGUUCCUUACGCUUCAUUCUUGGCAGCGAUCCUCUCUCAGCAAGACCAUCCGAGUCUUGUAAACUAUGCCCUUCAAGCUGCUGAGCUGCUCUUGGAUCGUCUCGACGAUAUCUAUCGCUAUCAAUUCUAUCGCGAGGGCGUAAUUUCUGAAAUUGCCAAACUGGCUGUGCACGCUGAUAUAGUUCUGUCAACAUCAAAGGACUCUCUUGUGAUCGAGGCUGUAGACUCUACCGAAGCCAAUGGUACGAAGAAGCUUUCUGAAAAGGUUACUCGCGGAGGUGACCCUGGUGACGAUGAUGACGAUGACUCUUCAGAUGACGAUAAUGAGGAUGAGAAUGAACACGAUGAUGUCCAAGAUGACAUUAGUCCUUCACCAGCAAGCUCUCGAGGAUCCACCAUGUCUCUGGACGGCGCACAAAACCGGGCACAACACGAUAACAGCAGCAUGCAACAGCUCAUUGCUCAGCGUGCCAAGAAGUUUUUGGAUGUUCACGAGACGGAAAAGAAUAGUAAGAACAUGAAGAAGAAAGCCACCAAGAUCUUGACGAGUCUGCAAACCCUCGCCUCCGAGAUUGAGGCACAUUAUUUGGGACAAGCUACAGGCAAUGGCAUUGAUCUCUUCUCGACUCUUGCUUCUUACUUCGAUGGAGAUGUCUUAGAGAGUGUGACUAGCUUUGAGCUGCUCAAUUCCGAGGUCGUUCGGGUUCUCCUUGCGAUCUUCAACAAUCCAGACGAACGAUUGAGCAACGAUGCCCGUUCUGCAUUCCUCGAGGUUUUUAUGGGCCGUACCGUUGCUCACAAACCCAAGACUGCGUCUGCAGAGUCUCCAGCAACUCCAUUUAGCAUCCUCAUCCACAAAUUGCAAGAUCUCUUGAGUCGAUCCGAACACUUCGAGGUUAUCACCGUCCACCAAAAUACUUUCGAUGGAAACAGAAGCAGUGCUGCGUCAAUGCUUGCGAAGCAAAUCCGAUUGAAGUUAGUGGCUGAUGAUGAUUCUGAGAUCCCCAAACCAUAUCGCAAUAUUAUGGUCUCCAUCCAUGCUAUUGCAACUUUCAAAGCUCUCGAUGACUAUUUACGCCCCAGAAUUAGUCUCUCCGAACGCCCUCGAGGCUCAAGGAGAGAAGGUCUCUCUAGUGCUUUGGCCGCACUUGCAGCAGCCGGUAUGCCCAACCCAUUUUCCGGAUCUUCUAAUGCUCAAGCUCGUCUCUUAGAACGUGGUUUGGCUUCGGCUACCGCUGCCACUCCUGCGGCCCCAACUCCGUCGGCCACUCGAAGUUCUCGAAAGGCAAAAUCCAAGACAGCUCCAGCUGCGACUCCUGCGUCGGGUGGUCAGUCUGCCUCCAUUACUCCACAAGACAAAUCAAGUUCUCGGCGCUCUAGUAGACGUCAUGCACAAACAGACCCCCCAGCACCGGCUCCGCCUGCCCAAGAGGAAGACAGUCUGGCUAGUGCUUUGGAGUGCGCGGAUGAGCGACAGCUUACAGACGAUGAAGAUAUGGAGGACAGUGCUGCAUUGGACGCUAUCGUGGGCGAUCUAGAAGAUGAAAUGGACGAAGGGUCACCUCCAGAUCCUACAGCUGUGAAUCUAGAAGUUGCAGCAGGCGGCAAAGUAACGGCACGCACCCAAGACGGCCAAAGAGUGUCCACUCCGUCACAAGCACCUGGAUCCAACCCCAGACUUGCAAGUGCCCAAGCCGCAGCCGGACAAUCAGCUAUGUCUACGCCAUCUGCAUCACGACCAAUGUCAUAUGCUGCUGCUAUCCAAGCCGUUCCCCAAGAUUGGCACAUCGAAUUCAGCCUCGACGAAAAAGUGAUUGGUAAUGAGACUACAAUUUACCGCGCCGUGCACAGCACAUCAACGACUGUAGAUGAACACACUAAUCGAAGUGUGUGGUCGGCCAUUCACCCAAUCAGAUUUAAGCGAGUCCCAGGUCCUCCUCCCCCUGAGCCAAGCUCUCUUACUCAAGCUAUUGAGGUGAGCACCGAGACUACAGCAUCUGGAAUUCCAGCUUCGUUGGACAAGCAUCCUGCCACAUCAUCCAUUCUUCGUCUGCUUAACAUUCUGCACGCACUGAAUGCAAACUUGGACGACGUUCUAGCAGAAAACAAAGACGCUCUCAAGCUCAAUGUGGAAUCGCUCUCGCAGUUCGUCAAUACCAAGCUCACGGCGAAGCUCAACCGACAGCUUGAGGAACCCCUCAUCGUGGCAAGCAACUGCCUGCCCAGUUGGAGUGAAGAUCUGGCUCGUCUGUAUCCGUUCCUCUUCCCAUUCGAGACCCGACACCUCUUCUUGCAGUCCACCUCUUUUGGCUAUGCCCGCUCCAUGACCAGAUGGCAAAAUGCUCAGUCUGCUGAAGAGUCUCGCCGAGAUCGACAUCGUGACGAGAGACCUUUCUUAGGUAGGCUUCAGAGACAGAAGGUCCGCAUCUCACGCUCGAAGACUCUCGAAUCGGCGUUGAAAGUCAUGGAACUUUACGGGGCUUCCCAAAGCAUCCUGGAAGUUGAAUACUUUGAGGAAGUCGGAACUGGCCUUGGUCCUACACUCGAAUUCUACUCAACAGUUUCCAAGGAGUUCUCGAAGAAGAAGCUCAAGCUUUGGCGAGAGACGGAUGCUAACGAUGCCGACGAAUAUGCUUUUGGAUUUCGCGGUCUUUUCCCAGCACCAAUGAGUGAGGAACAAGCCUCUAACGAAAAUGGAAAGCGUAUUCUUCAUCUGUUCAAGAUGCUUGGGAAGUUCGUCGCUAGGUCAAUGAUUGAUUCUAGAAUUAUUGAUGUCUCCUUCAACCCAACCUUCUUCCGAAUCGGCGACGGCUCCAAGACUGUUACUCCGUCCCUAGGAGCAGUCAAGACAGUCGAUCCUCAAUUAGCAAAGUCGCUGAAGCUGAUAAAGAAGUUCGCCACUGGCAAGAAGUCAAUCGACGAGAAUCCAAGUCUCACUCCUGCUCAGAAGGUUGCUCAUGCAGAAGCUCUUGAGAUAAAUGGUGUUCACAUUGACGAUCUGGGCCUGGACUUCACGCUUCCUGGGUAUUCUUCCAUCGAGCUCCUCGCCAACGGUUCUCAAAUCGCUGUUACCAUUGACAACGUGGAGCUUUACCUAGAGAGAGUUAUCGACUACACACUAGGUGUAGGAGUCCAGAAGCAAGUUGAUGCAUUCCGGGCUGGGUUUACACAAGUCUUCCCUUAUUCUGCCUUGAGUGCUUUCACGCCGGAUGAGUUGGUCAUGCUGUUUGGAAGAAUCGAGGAGGACUGGUCUCUUGAGACUCUUAUGGACUCUAUCAAGGCUGACCAUGGGUUCAACAUGGACAGUAAAAGUGUCAAAAACUUGUUGCAAACCAUGUCUGAGCUGUCGCUGCCUGAGCGCCGAGACUUCUUGCAAUUCACUACAGGCAGUCCCAAGCUUCCUAUCGGAGGCUUCAAGUCCUUGACUCCGAUGUUCACAGUGGUUUGCAAGCCAAGUGAGCCGCCAUACACGUCUGAUGAUUACCUCCCCAGCGUCAUGACAUGUGUUAACUAUCUCAAAUUACCCGACUACACCUCACUGGACGUUAUGAGACGUCGUAUGAGUACUGCGAUCAAGGAAGGACAGGGUGCUUUCCACUUAUCAUAA